AGUUGUCUGAGUGUUGAAUCAAAGUAGUGUUGUACCUCUCUGCAGUUGGACUACAAACUACAUGAAGCAGAAUCACUUUGAAGAACCAGAUCACAUACUCAGAGGUCACUAUACGGACCCGGAAGCAGCAUGUUCCUGAAGCAGGAAGAGGUUAGCAAUCUCACAAAGAAAAUGGCGCCGGGUAGCACGGAGAAAGCUGCUGCAGGGUCCCAGGGAUGGCUCCAUGGGGCCUAUCAUUUUAUCACCGAUAAGAAUGACUUCCGCAGGAAUCUUAUUGUGAACUUAGGGUUAUUUGCAGCUGGUGUUUGGGUGGCCAGAAACCUGACAGAUAUUGAUUUGAUGGCACCACCCCCUGCGCUCUAGCCAAAGAAAAACACAAAACAAUGCUUGUAAGUUAUUCGACAUAGAACUUGUUCAUUCAGCAUACUCAGUUCUUUCGCUUGAGUGCACUAGCACAUGUCGGAGCAGAAGGUACAUAGGGCUACAGUGAGGAAAUGGGAACCUUGUUCGUGGCCAUGUUGGAGGUUUGCGGCAGCACAUCACUGGAUGGGAUCAAUCUGACUUUUGUUUAAACCAUUAUUUAAAAGAAAUGUUUUAGAAUUCAAAUAAAUGUACAAUCACA